CUCUUCAACAAUUCCAUCAUCAGCUGCGAGGAUUCUCCAUCUUCUUCUUCUUCUCUACACUUUGCAGCUACUUCACUUGGCUCAGGAAAUUAAAAAAGGUGUAGAGAUUGAGAGAAACAGAUGGAUAAUAAAGGCAGCAAAGGAGGUGCAGCAGUAGUUGGAGGCAGCUCGCCGAUGGUAUGUGAGAAAGAGGAAGAAGCAGUAGCGACAACUCCUAUGCGCACAGCUGAGACCAUACUUCGUCUUUUACCAAUGGCUCUGUGUAUCUCAGCUCUCAUUCUCAUGCUCAGGGAUUCUCAGACCAAUGACUUUGGCUCUCUUUCUUACUCUGAUCUUACUGCUUUCAGGUAUUUGGUGCAUGCCAAUGGGAUAUGUGCUGGAUAUUCCCUUCUUUCAGCUGUGAUCGUAGCAAUUCCUCGACCAUCCACCAUGUCCAAAGCCUGGACAUUCUUCUUCCUUGACCAGUUGUUCACAUACAUUAUUCUGGCGGCUGCGGCGGUGGCACUGGAAUUACUGUAUUUGGCUAGAAAGGGAGACACAGCCAUCACUUGGAGUGCAGCUUGUAUGUCAUUUGGUCUAUUCUGUCACAAAGCGACAGCAGCUAUAGUCAUCACAUUUGUGGUAGUAGCUUGUUAUGCUCUGCUUUCACUCGUCUCUUCUUACAAACUGUUCAGCAAUUUUAGUGCUCCGGUUGUGACCUACCCCGGCAAAGGCGUCGAGAUUGCAGGCUUCCAUGGCUAACUGUUAAUGAUGUUGCACUUCCGUCCAGCAUCUGCAGAGGUGGGAUUAUGGUCAAUAAUAAGCAUUGGUUUGCUUUCAUGUAAUCAUGUAAUUCUGGACUUCCUUUGUACCUAAGACGUACUACCCGAACUUGGAAAAUAAUCUAGAAAAUAAAAGGCAACUUGGUGUUUUAUAAUUAACUAUC